UAUAUAUUAAAGAUAGAUCCACGGUCACACUGAAGUUCGAAAAACAAAACACAUUUUUUACAAAACCCACAAAAAAUUUGUUAAUUUUACUAACUAAAGAUGUCUGAGACCAGCUCCAAGGAAAAUGUGAAGACAGCAAUGACUUAUAUUUGUGGCGAAUGCCAUCAUGAGAAUGAGAUGCGACCACGUGACCCCAUACGUUGCCGCGAGUGCGGCUACCGCAUCAUGUACAAGAAGCGCACCAAGCGUCUGGUUGUCUUUGAUGCACGCUGAAACCAACUGAACGUUGGACUACUACAGCUAUAAGGAAUUCGUUUUUAAUUGAAUGUGUGGGCUUCAAUAAAAAGUACUCUAAAUAUAAAAAUAUA